UCCAUCUCCGGUUCUCCAUCUCCGCCUCGAUUCUCCAUCUCCGCCUUGAUUCUCCAUCUCUGAUUCUCCAUCUCCUCCUCGAUUCUCCAUCACUCUCCUUCAUCGCCGCUUCUCCCAGCUCCGAUUCAACUCCUGUUCUACAUCUCUUAGGUGAAUUAAGAUGGGACGGGCAAAGCAGACUAAACGUGGAAGGAGACAAGCAAAGAAGUCAAAAAAGGCAGAUGAUGACGAAGUUGAGUUCGUUUGUACUAUCCAAACACAUGAAGAAGAACAUGAAGAGGAACGUGGGCAGCAACAGGAACAGGAAGAGGAACAUGUGGAGGAACGAGAACCGGAAGAGGAACAUGAGGAGGAACAACAACAGGAAGAGGAGCGUCCACCAGAGCAACAUAAUGGCGACGAGCCUGAAGGUGAGAUAGAACAUACUCAAGAGGCUGAAGGUGGAACCUCCCGUAAGAGAAAGCGUGGUCCAACAAUGAUGAGAGACCUAGCCAAAGAUCCAAAUACCAGAGUUCAUGUCGAUUUCACUUUUAUGGGAGAAGCUUAUGGUCCUGGUUCAGUCAAGCUAUCUUCAUAUUUGGGUCCGUUGGUAAGGGAGCACGUGCCUGUUACAGUUGAAAAUUGGAAAAAAAUUACUGAAGAAGUGAAGACAGUGCUUUGGAAAUCAGUCCAGGCAAGGUUUGAACUUGAUGAGGACCACCAAAGGGUUGCAGUUCUUAAGCAGAUGGGAGCCUUGUGGAGAUCAUCCAAGUCACGUCUUGUUACCCAAAUCAAUGAAGCUGAAAAUAACCAACAAAGGAUGAAUCUCAGACCUAAGAAUGUUCAUCCAAUUGAGUGGCGCAAAUUUGUGAAGCUAAAAACAAGCCAAGAAUUCAAGGUUCUGAGUGAUAGCUACAAAGAGAGGAGAAGCAAACAGAUUCCUCACACUUGUAGUAGAAAGGGAAUGGUUAGACUAGCAGAAGAGAUGAAAAAUAGUUCUGAAGACAAAUCUGAAGUGUCGAGACUUAAAGUCUGGGUGAGGUCACGUACAAGAAAAGAUGGAACUCCCAUCAACACAAAUGCUGCCGAGAAGAUUCAAAAGGCAGCUGAGAUUGUUAAGGGUGGUAGUCAGAGUGGAAAAAAUCUGGAUGAAGAUACGCUCAUCCAGGUCUUAGGACCUGAUAAUCCUGGUCGUAUGAGAGCAAUGGGGAGGAAUAUUAGUAAGACGAAAUUAGCUUGCUUCAAUGUCAACCAGAAGUCAAUUUCUGAAAUGCAACAGACACAAAUUCAUCUUAUGCAAAAGGUUGAUGAACUACAGUCUGAACUUGCGAAAGUAAAAAACCAGGUUAGUUACAUCUCCAAGAAUACAUCUCCAAGUGCUUAUCACAUAAUAAUAAGCUUUGUGUUGGGUUUAUGUUACAGAGAGAUGACAAUGAAGUGGGGGAAAACUCGGCUGCAAGAGUAAGCAAUUUAUAUGAGAUCAAUGGCAUUUUUUUCUACUUUACACUACUCUUAUACUUUAACAACUGAACAUUUAACAGAGUGUGAACAAGAUACCACAAAAGAAGUGUCUUCUCAUUGACUGGGCUGAUGAAGAUGGAAACGUUGCUGAGGGUCGUAUCAUUUCUUCUGACCCUGAAGACAUAGUGAAUGACAGUCGAUUAGGUCCUAAUGAUGUUAAAGUCUUGGUUGAUGAAGCUACUGAACCUGAAGCAUUCCUCUGGAGACCUGCGACUAACAUGUGCACAAUUAAGGAAGCUGUUGGUCAUAUUAUUGCAUGGCCGAAGAAAAAAUGCGUGGAACUAGGUCUGGGGCUUGAACAUGAAGACAUUGCACCACUGGGCUCAAGAGCAAAUUCUCUCAACAAAUGCAAACUUCUGGAUUUGUCUGAUGAUAGUGUAGUUGUUGGUGAAGGGCGUUGGCAGACAAAAGAACCAAAAGCAUUGGUUAAUGGACUUCCUCUAGGACCUAAAGCAGUUAAAGUAUUCUUGGAUGUUGUACAUGAGCAUGGAACAUAUUUAUGGAGGCCUACGAUGGAUCAUUCCUACCUGGAGGACUGCUUACAUUCUUUUAUGUCAUGGCCUGCUAGCAAAGUUGUCUUUGACAAUCCACCAGAAGCAACAAGAGGACAAUCUCCUACGGGUAUGAAAGUUACAUCGGUUGGUUAUAAAUCGCCUACUGAUACAAGUGGUAGAAAAGGUGCAAAAUCAGGAGCAACAACAUCAAUUCAUACUGACGAGUCUCCUGCAACUGAUCAGUGUCAGCUUAAGCAUGGAUCUCAGACAAUGAAACAGAAUCAGAAGUGCAAAUUGAUGGACAUUGGUGAGAGGAAACAAGUUGUUGCUGAAGGUCGUAUCCAUUCAACAGACCCAACUCAACUGGUCCACUUUGUGCGCUUGGGUCCAAAAGCAGCUAGAGUGUGGGUAGAUGCAGUGCUCGUAGAUGAUGCCGAAGUUUGGAGGAAAUCAGAUGAAAUAGAGAGUUUGAAAGAUGCACACGGUUCAUCAAUUGCAUGGCCAAUUGAUAAAUUGGUCAUAUUUUAAGCUGCUGUAAGUAUUCUGUUUUGUGUGUUUAAACCUGCAUAUGUAAUUGCAUAACUGAUCAGAGUUUUCAUUGUUGCAGCAGCUGAGGGAAUGAAGAACUUAGGUCCAGAUUUAGCUAGUGUUUAAGCUAGGCUAAUGAACUUGAUGUAUGAUAUUAUUGCUUAUGACUUUGGUUUGUGUUUUAGAACUGCAUCAGUAACACUUAUGUGUAAUGACUUAUGUAUGUCAAACUUAUUUUAUGAUUGUGUUAGUUUGUUAUGAAGUUUCUGCUUUUUUUAUUACAAAUUUUCGAAAAUGCAAAUUCAUAGCUCGUGGA